AUGCGCUGUUUAUUUGUUCAGAUAAACCAUUUAAAAACUCUGCGAGUGCCAAAAAAAUGCAUUGCACGGGAUGAAAUCACUCUGUAUGUUUUUCAUAAUUUUUCAGCUUUAAAAUACAAAUUAAAUAAUUCGGGUAACAAGAUGGAUUUUCUGUUUGGCCGAAAGAAGACACCUGCCGAAAUGUUACGACAAAAUCAGAGAGCGUUGAAUAAGGCGAUGCGUGAAUUGGACCGAGAACGAUCACGUCUUGAAAUGCAGGAGAAGAAGAUUAUUGCUGAUAUUAAGAAAAUGGCCAAAAUGAAUCAAAUGGAUUCAGUAAAAGUUAUGGCAAAAGAUCUUGUCCGGACUCGCCGACAUGUCAAAAAAUUCAUUAUGAUGAAAGCUAACAUACAAGCCGUCUCAUUGAGGGUGCAAACUCUAAAAAGUCAAGAUGCAAUGGCACAAGCAAUGAAAGGCGUAACGCGGGCAAUGCAAAACAUGAAUCGACAGUUAAAUUUGCCUCAGAUCCAGAAAAUAAUGAUGGAAUUUGAAAGGCAAUCAGAAAUUAUGGAUAUGAAAGAGGAAAUGAUGGGUGAAGCAGUAGAUGAUGCCAUUGCAGAUGAGGGUGAUGAAGAGGAAACAGAAACAAUUGUUGCUCAGGUGUUAGAUGAAUUAGGAAUCCAGAUGAAUGAGGAACUGUCUGCGAUACCUGCAGCACAAGGUUCAUUAAAGCCGGCAGACCAAAACCGACAGCCGCAGCCAGCAUUGUCGGAUGCAGAUGCUGAUCUACAGGCUAGGUUGGAAAAUCUACGUCGGGAAUGA